UUUAAAAUGUCAAUUUUUAUUGAGACGUUUUGUUAAUUAUUGAAUUUGAUUGUUUUAGUUUUUACAACUACAAUAGUUUAAGAAUUAUGUAGAUAAGUGCAUUAAGAUGAGUGUUUUCGGUGAUUUUCAGCAGGUGUGGCUGCAGAGAUUUCCGGAGAGCCCCCUUCCGGGUGCUUGGGAGGAAGACGUUCGUGCGAAUCUAGCUAAGCAUAAACAUAAAGUGGCCCUUUUAAAAGAGGAACUCGAACAUGAAGAGUUUUACGUUGAAUAUCUCGAAAGAUUGCUUUCAGAUGUUGAGCAACACAAAAAGAAAUUAGCCAAAGAAAAGGUUUCUAAUGAUGAAAGCCACUCGGAACAAAUGGGUGUAGACGUUGGUGUAGGUGGGGAGGAUGUCUUAUCAGAGCGGGCUUCAAUUGAUUUGUCUCUACCAAUGCAAGAAGGUCAAAUUAAGAAUGAGUCAUUUUCUGCUCACAUGUGCAUAAACGAGAUAUCCAGAAACUUGAAAAAAUCUCAGUCGGAUAUAUCUGAAAAGGCACUUUCUGAAGCAGAAACUUCACAGAGUCAAGACCACGAAGCUACGUUUGUUACGGUUAUUGAAGUUAAUGGACUGAAUAAGAAAGAGAAUGAGUCGCCUGUAACUAAAAAACCUCCAAGCAUUCCUGCAAGACCUGACUCUCUGAAAAACACUAACUUUAAUACAAAUAGAAGUAAUAGCGAUUCAGUGUCUUCAAGUUCGGAGAUUUUAAACAAUCCCGACGAGCCUUAUUACGAUAUGGUGGCUCCUGAGGAAGACUAUUUGGGAAGAAGUACUAAUUCCAGUUCUGAAAAUGUCUUUGGAUCGAGUAGCACUCUGCCAUUAGAUCUGAAAACUCAGACAUCAGUCGAGCCUCAAAGUCCUGGAGCUUCCAAUUAUGUUAAUAUAGAAUAUUUUAUACAUCACACAAAGAAGAACGGAAAUGAUCAUAGUAGUAGUGAGGAUGAACAUGAAGAGCAGGUCGUCUUAAAGAAGCAGACUAAUGAUAACAGUUCGUAUGCUAGUUCAAGUUCUUUAGAAUCUACAACGCCAGCAAGCAGAAGAAAGUUUAGUCAUGAUGGAGAUACCGAUAGUGAUAAAAUGUAUAGAAGUAUUUUGGGAAAUAUUAUUGAUAGUGAGACUAAUUACGUUGAGUGGCUUAGUGUUUUGUUAAAAUACAUGAAAGCUAUUCAAGCAACUAUAGGUACUUCACAACCAAUUGUAACAGAGACUGAAUUAAACACAAUAUUUUACAAGAUUCCAGAACUUUAUAGUCUCCACGCUAGCUUCCUGGAUGCUUUAAAGAAACAUUCCCAAAAAUGGGAUACUCGAAUUGGUGAUCACUUUAAACAUAUGGCAUCAAACAUAUCGCUUUAUGGUGCUUUUCUAAGUAAUUAUGGCCAGGCAUUAGAUACAAUAAGAAAAUGCCGGGCCAGCAAUACACAAUUUGCUGAAAUUGCUGGGAAUGUUAUGUGCAAACAUUUAGCAGAUUUACCAAUUAAUUUGGAAGAUCUCCUUCACAGACCAGUUGCAAGGGUUCAGAAAAAUGCAUUGGUUUUGCAUGAUCUCCAAAAGUGUAUUCCAGUUAACCAUCCAGAUUACCAUAGCAUCACCGAUGCUUUGAAUAUGACCCAAAAUUUCUUGGAUCAGUUCAAUAUGAUACAGACAAAAUCAAUGUUUCCAUCAAAUGACAGAGCUCAAAGAAGACUGGUUAAGAACUCAUUUAUUGUUGAGCAUGUAGAUGGUCACAGAAAAUUGAGACAUUUGUUCUUGUUCAAUGAUGUUAUAGCCUGUGCCAAGUAUAAGUCUUCUGGAAGAAACGAAAAAUAUACUUUUGAACUGAAAUGGUUCAUUCCAGUGGAAGAUAUAUUAAUACUGGAAGAAACCACGGCAAAUCUACAUGAAACCUCACAGUCAAAUAUUGUAUCAUUAAAAUCUCAGGCUUCCAAUGUCCGCGAUCAGCUCAGGCAAGAGGAAAAACUGAACGAAGAGAAGCAUCGUUCCAAAUUGAGCAGGGGCUCUGACAAAUUUCGAAAAAGACUGGUAGAACUAGAAAGUCAAUUAGUGUUAGUUUCGCCGAAUUUGGUUUAUAGAAUCAAAAACAGGACAACUGGGAGAACGUACGUGUUCUUUUUAUCCAGCGAUUUUGAGAGAAAUCAGUGGAUUGAAGCCAUCCAGACUUUACAGAGGACAGAAAGGACUGGAAAGCAGCCGAACAACGCGUCUCAAUUCAGCAUGUUUGAAUUACAAACAUGGAUUACAGCGUGCAGACAGUUUUUGAAAACCAACAUGGGAUCGUACUUAUUGAGAAGCGGCAACGACGAAAGUCUUCUCGUAGGGGAUCUGCACGUACACAUCUCCGAUUUAGUUGGACUAGAAUAUUCCUGUGAUCUUUACGUUUGUCUGGAAGUUGACUUCUAUGGUCAUUUCUUCCAAAAGGCCAAAACAAAAGUUUCUAAAAAUUCUCAAACGCCCCACUGGAACGAGAACUUCGUGGUAGAUCUGGAAGGUUGCGAGAAUUUGCGAAUUCUCAUAUACAGGGCGAACGAAAAUCCGACGCAGGACACUUUAUUCGGGAAGCAUACGAUAAAGUUGUCGCGAAAAUGGUUGAACGAACAGCAGACGACUGAAAGGAAACUUACGAUAAAUAGUUGUAUAUUUAGAAUGGAUCUUCGAUACGUUCCUUGUGAAGUGAGUCUUAGACGAGUACCGACAGGCAAAGUGGGAGCUUUGUUUGGAGAAAAAAUACUGGCUGUGUGCAAGAGGCAGAAACGAAACAUUCCGUUUAUUAUAACGGCUUGUAUAAGAGAAGUUGAAAGAAGAGGCAUGUCAGAAGUAGGAGUUUAUAGGGUUUCAGGGUCUGCUAGCGACAUUUCGAAGUUAAAAAAGUCAUUUGAAACAAAUUCAUAUGAAGCUGAACAGCUUUUAAAAGAAGUAGACAUACAUUCUGUGACAGGAAUUCUAAAGUUAUAUCUUAGGGAGCUUCCUGAGGCUCUAUUUACAGACCACUUAUAUCCGGAGCUGUUAGAGGUUUUUAAUCAAAGCAAUGGCAAUUUAAUAAAAAGGACCGAGUUGUUGAAGUCGUGCUUUGAGAAAUUACCGUUGCAGAACAGAGAGAGCAUUAAAUGCAUCCUAGAUCAUCUGAUGAGGGUACACGCUUAUGAGGAAGACAAUAAAAUGUCGCUGCACAAUUUGGCAACCGUGUUCGGGCCCACGUUAUUGCGUCCCGCCCUGACCAAGCCCGACAGCACCAAGAAAGAUGGCCAGAGACAGCGAGAGAACUUGGCCGCUGGCACGGUGGACGUUAUGGCACAGGCGGGCAUUCUCUAUUGUUACUUGUUAGAUUUGAACGAGACGCAGAAGAUUAACAGGAGGUAGUUUACUUUUACACAGUACAAUAUACGCUAUUAAG